UAUGCCUGUCUGUCCCAUGCGCUUCGCUCGGAUCUUAAAAACAAAAGCCACUGGUCCAUUCAUUCUUCGGAAGCUCUCAUUUUUUCUUUUCUUUUCUUUUCUCUCCUUCCAUCGCUCGAUCGAUCAUCGAGAGCACCACUUUCUCUUCCCGCGACGCUCUCGAUCUAUCGGCGACGAAAGGAGAGAAUAAACAACGACAACAGUUGUAAUAAGCAUAAGAAUUAUAAUAGUAAAACUGUUAAGCAAACAACAAGGAAUUUAAAAAAGAGAAAGAAAGAACGGGAAGUGAAAAAAUGGAAGGAAUUACGACGCAAUUAAAAAGAGGAAUUUCGCGGCAAUUCUCGACAGGAUCAUUGCGGAGGACAUUUAGCAGGCAAUUUUCGAGGCAAACGUCGCUGGAUCCGAGGAGGCAUAAUUUGAGAUUCAGCUUUGGGAGGCAAUCGUCGUUGGAUCCAAUAAGGAGGAGUCCGGGGCAUCAUGACGAGGAGCAGUUUGCGGUGCCGGAGAACCUGGAUUCGACGAUGCAGUUGCUGUUUAUGGCAUGCAGAGGAGAUGUGAAGGGAGUUGAAGAUUUGUUGAAUGAAGGGAUUGAUGUAAAUAGUAUUGAUUUAGAUGGACGAACUGCUUUGCAUAUUGCUGCUUGUGAAGGUCAUGUUGAGGUUGUUAGGCUUUUGUUGACUAGAAAAGCUAAUAUUGAUGCCCGUGAUCGCUGGGGUAGUACGGCAUGUGCUGAUGCCAAGUACUAUGGAAAUGUUGAAGUGUACAAUAUAUUGAAGGCCAGAGGAGCCAAAGCUCCGAAAACCAGGAAGACGCCAAUGACUGUUGCGAAUCCUAGAGAAGUACCGGAGUAUGAGCUUAAUCCAUUAGAACUGCAGGUUCGGAAGUCUGAUGGCAUCUCAAAGGGAACAUAUCAACUAGCAAAAUGGAAUGGCACCAAGGUUACUGUAAAGAUUCUAGAUAAGGACAGCUAUUCAGACCCAGAGAGCAUAAAUGCUUUCAAACAUGAGUUAACAUUAUUAGAGAAGGUCAGGCAUCCUAAUGUCGUUCAGUUUGUUGGAGCUGUUACCCAAAAUAUACCCAUGAUGAUUGUUUCAGAGUAUCAUCCAAAAGGUGACUUGGGCAGUUAUCUUCAGAAGAAAGGGCGUCUAUCUCCUUCCAAAGUGUUGAGAUUCUCUCUUGACAUUGCUAGGGGCAUGAACUAUCUUCAUGAAUGCAAACCAGAUCCAAUCAUCCACUGUGAUUUAAAGCCAAAAAAUGUUUUGCUGGAUAGUGGUGGUCAGUUGAAGGUUGCUGGGUUUGGUUUGAUAAGGUUGUCAAAAAUUUCACCUGACAAAGCUAAAAUAGCACCAGGGACUCUCAUUGACCCUUCAAAUAUUUAUGCUGCACCUGAGGUUUUUAAAGAGGAUAUAUUUGACAGAAGUGUGGAUACGUACUCUUUUGGUGUCAUUUUAUAUGAGAUGAUUGAGGGAGUACUUCCGUUCCAUCCUAAGUCUAAUGAAGAGGCUGUGAAAUUAAUGUGUUUGGAGAAAAAGAGACCACCCUUCAAGUCGAAAUCAAGAAGUUAUCCUCCAGAUCUAAAAGAGUUGGUUGAUGAAUGUUGGCAUCCUGAACCCCUUGCUAGGCCAACUUUUUCUGAGAUCAUUGUACGGUUGGAUAAAAUAGUUUCUCACUGUUCAAAACAGGGAUGGUGGAAGGACACCUUUAAGCUUCCUUGGAAAUAAAAGGAAGCAUUCACUCCAAUUUGAAGAAGAAAAAUAGGAUAAAGUUGGGAAGUCUCCAUGCGCGUAACAGAUUCGGAGCUUCAUGUAUACCUAAUUGUAAAUCAAAUGCGAAUGAAUUUUGGGGAUGAAUAAUUGGAAUGAAAAUCAAAAAUGAGCUUUAUCCCUUGCUCUUAGUUCUUCUAAGGAGCUGGAACAGUUCCUUUGUGUGCAUAAUGUGCAAUUGCUUGAUUUUUAUUCUUUUGGUUUCAUAUAGAUCUUGAGGUCUUUUUCUUUUUCCUUUUUUUUUUUUUUUUCUGUGAGUACUGGAGAAGGGGAUUUUGCACUUGGUGGCACUUGAACUAUGUUCAUACUAGAAAGGAAAAUGGCAGCAUAGUACUGUGCAUUUGGAAUACUCUUUGGUAGCUUUUAAUUAAAUUGAAAUCAAAAUUAGUUAGAGUCUAUGAGUACUA